GAGGCAAUCCCUGGUCUGUCCUUUUACCAAUGCCCAGUGGGUGACAGGCUCUUUCCCAGAAGUUGAACUGCAAGACUCUGGCAGGUCCUUCUCUCCCAAGUCAAGUGAAGUGGCUUCUCUGGUAAUGGACUGCCUUUCUAUGAGCUUCCAUCCUGGCCAGGCUGCCCAAAUCUAGCCUGUGAAGCAAGAUAAGAAACAUCCCCCAGGAAAAAAAUGACGGAAGAACCCACAAAAGAGAACCUGGGAGCUCCAAAAUCUCCUAUACCCGUGACAAUGGAGAAAAGCCCCAAGAGUGAAGUUGUGGUCACCACGGUCCCCUUGGUCAGCGAGGUUCAGCUGAUGGCCGCCACUGGGGGUGCCGAACUCUCCUGCUACCGCUGCAUCAUCCCCUUUGCGGUGGUGGUCUUCAUCACUGGGAUCGUGGUCACCGCUGUGGCUUACAGCUUCAAUUCCCAUGGUUCCAUCAUCUCCAUCUUAGGCCUGGUCCUUCUGUCCUCUGGACUAUUUUUACUAGCCUCCAGCGCCUUGUGCUGGAAGGUGAGACAAAGGAACAAGAAAGUCAAAAGACGCGAGAGUCAGACAGCUCUUGUGAUAAGUCAGAGGAGCUUGUUUGCUUAAGACUGAGAACUUCCGCCGUCCCAUCCUGCUCUAACUAGGCGAAUUCAUUCAUAUGGAACCAACCCUGGAGGGGAUGGGCUCAACUUUGAAAUGGACUACCAAAAUGAACAUAGGGCAUAGGGAGGACUGAAAACGAGGAGUCAAGAUGGUUCCCCCAUUGUAGGGAAUAACUCAUUUUCUUUCAUGACAAACUUAAUCCUAAGGGCUAUUUCUAAAACAGAAGAAUCAGCUUCUUUUUUAUGUUAAACGUUUAGGGAGUGUGGGAUAUGCACAGCAUUAAAUAACACUUGGCUCACUUUGGAAAGUACCCAAAGGAAGGACAAAUACCGAGAGAGCCCUGGAAAGCGGUGAUCUAAAAUCCGUCCACCGAAAGCCUACAUUGGCUUGGCAUUCCCACAUACCUAAGAAAUACUGUUAUAUAUUUUUUUCCAAUAAGUUGAUUCUUUGGCCCCCCUUUUAAAAGAAUUUUCACUUUCAGUAACAUCACUAGAGGUACUUUAUUUUGAAGAAUAGACUAAUAUUUUUUUAUACUUUAACAAUGGACAAUUGUAGAUGAUUGUAAUGAUAUGUCAGAAGAAAACAGAAAUGUAGAUAACACAGAUGACAUGAGGACAGUUAAAUUAAUACUGAAAUAAUCCAAUAUAGCACCUUUGAUGGCUUUUAUACAAAAGUUCAGUGUGCAUUUUCACUCAAAAUAAUAAAUGCUCAUGGCUGCUGAAACUUCUUAAAUGCUA